AUGGCUUUUUUAAUUUCAUUUAUCUCUGAUCCUGCAUUAAUGUGUCUGCUGUGUGCAGCAGUAUUAUUAGCUGUACUCUAUUUUUCAGCUGGCUCUAAAAAAUCAGCUUUUAAAUUGCCUCCUGGUCCAACUCCUCUUCCGAUCAUUGGUAACCUGCAUUUGGUGGAUAUUAGAAGGCAAGAUAAAUCACUAAUGAAGCUCGCGGAGGAAUACGGCCCAGUCUUCACCCUCCAUUUUGGGUUCCAGAAGGUUGUGGUCCUGACUGGGUACGAAGUUGUGCGGGAGGCGCUUGUGAACUACACAGAGGAGUUUGUAGACAGACCAUCCAUCCCAAUAUUUGACCAAAUUCAGAACGGAAACGGUGUCUUCUUCUCUAUUGGGGAGCUCUGGAGAACAACUCGGAGAUUCACUGUAUCCAGCAUGCGCAACCUUGGCAUGGGAAAAAAAACUAUGGAAGUGAAAAUUUUCGAGGAGCUUCACUUCCUUAUAGAGAUGAUCAAAUCCUUCAAAGGGGAACCUUUUAGCCUGAGGUCCUUCAACACGGCUCCAACCAACAUCACCUUCCUCAUGCUGUUUGGAGACAGGUUUGACUAUAAGGACCCAACCUUUCUCACUCUCUUAAGACUCAUAGAUGAAGUUAUGAACCUUCUGGGAUCUCCGUAUUUGAACUAUUUCAAUUUCUACCCAUUCCUUGGAUUUCUUUUCAAAACCCACAAGAUUUUGCUUGAGAAAAUAGAAGAUGUGCGAGUCAUUUUAAGGCAAUAUAUGAAGGCAAGCAGGGAAGACAUCAAUGAGAACAGUGUGAGGAGCUACAUUGAUGCACUGAUAUUCAAGCAACAAGAGGAGAAAAACAAGAAAGACAGCCUCUUCCACGAUGACAACUUAAUGGCAUCCAUCCUUGACCUGGUGAUGGCAGGAACAGAGACCACAGCCACAACCCUACAGUGGGCCAUUCUGCUGAUGAUGAGAUUCCCAGAGAUUCAAAAAAAGGUGCAAGAGGAGAUUGGAAGAACUGUCAAAGGUGGAACCUGGGCCACAUAUGAGGACCGAAAGAACAUGCCGUUUACAAAUGCAGUGAUACAUGAGGUGCAGAGGUUUAUCACUCUCCUGCCCCACGUUCCCCGCUGCACUGCUGUUGACACCCACUUCAGGGGCUACUUCAUUCCCAAGGGUAUAAUCGUAAUCCCAUCGCUCACCUCAGUGCUGCUGGACAAGACACAAUGGGAGACACCAUAUCAGUUCAACCCCAACCACUUCCUUGACGCUGAAGGGAACUUUGUAAAGAGAGAGGCUUUCCUGCCCUUCUCCACAGGGCGAAGGAACUGCAUCGGAGAGAGCCUCGCCAAGAUGGAGCUGUUUGUCUUCUUCGUAGGGUUGCUGCAGACAUUUACUUUUCAACCCCAGCCAGGAGUUUCAGAGUCCGACUUGGACCUUACUGUCCCCCAAACGACCUUCACAUUAAGGCCUCAGCCUCAGGCAACCUGUGCUGUCCUGCGUGAAUAACCACAACCUUGUUAAAGAGCAACUCAGGUGAGCGGGGAAGCCACUUAGACCCAACACAGCUAAGCUAGGACUCACCACUCCCCAUCCUGCUGUGUCAUCCCCUUUCAUAUUCCCUUCCCACUGUCUCCAUCCACUCCCACUCCACUGCUCUCCACCUCCACAUCUGCCUCACAGGUUGCUGACCCCUCUUUGCUCCUGAGCUGUGAGAGGGUGCAUACAAUCAGUUUGAAACCAUGAUCCUUCUGGCUGGUUGAUAAAUAUCCUCUGAAUGGUGGGCUGGCGAGUGGGCCAGGAGGCAGUGACGCACACAAACCUCUUCUCAAGAGAGGGAUGCUGUGCCUGGAGCAACUGGAAGGCCCAAGAAAGUUGUCUGGUGAACGGCAAGCAGCAUAUGAGUCAUAGGUCUGACAUCCAGGCUCCCAUGGCAAAGCAGUGAGGUUCUGAAUGUUGCAGAAAUCUCCCCGAAAACAUUGUGAAGAGAGAUACACUGCCAUUUGCUGGGAGCCACAGAAAGUUGCUCACAGCACUUAAACCAUCUGUAGAUACCUCCUGAACUUCUCCCAGCUCUCUAAUUAUCCAUAGCUUCUAGCAAAAUCCUACCGGGCUAGGCAGCCAAAGUCAAAUGCUUGCAGUGAAAAAACAGACUGAUUCAUGUGAUUGAAGGGUGGAGUUAUUUCUGCCUUGGAACACUGUCCUGAAAGAUGCGGCAAAGUGUGCAAACCCAUUUAGAUAGGCAAGUACUGUUUCCACCAGGUUCAACGCUGCCUCACAGUCUGAAUGAAAGAGAGUCUACAUUUCUAAAUUUGCAGUCUAUAUCAUAAGGCUACAUGAAAAUUGUAUCAGAAACUGAUCAUAAAAUGCUAAUGAUAUGGAAAAUAAAGCAGACCCAUUUUUAUAGA